AUGGAACAAUUAGGCAUGAUGGACUCCUCAGACCCAGCCGAUAUUGACUUCGACCUGGACCCCGAGUCGACGCCAUCCCCAUUGCCAACCGAGGGUACACCCGGUAGCUCGGGUCAGAAUCCUUCCUCCGCUCGCCGUCCUCCACGAAAGAGCACCCUCACACAACAACAAAAGAAUCAAAAGAGACAAAGGGCUACACAAGAUCAGCUAGUGACCUUGGAAACCGAGUUCAACAAGAAUCCCACACCAACUGCUGCUACUCGCGAGCGCAUCGCUUCAGAGAUCAACAUGACCGAACGCUCGGUACAAAUUUGGUUUCAGAACAGCCGUCGACGAGCUAAGAUAAAGAUGAUCGCCAAGAAAACCCUGGAGAAUGGCGACGACUGUGAUAACAUUCCAGAAUCCUUGAGACAGCUGCUGGCCAUGCAGGCAAUGGAAUCUGGAAGACCAUUCCCUCGUCAACUUAUGGGACGCCCUGAAGGUCCAAUGGCACAGUAUGGUAGCGGUGGGAUGUUGAUUGGUGACCCUAAUGCCCAAGGCAAGACUGUGAUUCACCACUUCACGUGUCGAUCCUUGAGUAUUGGUACAUGGCGCCGAGUCGGACAGAAUGCCAUGGACUUGGUCAUUUUCUACUCACCUGACAAGGCUUGCAUUACCUACUACAUCAAUAACGACUCCGCAGGCUACAAGAUCGAAUUUCCCUUCGCGUUCAUUAAGAGCAUUCAAUUGGAACCGGGUGACACGGUCCCCAAUGCAAAUGGCUCUCCUCCCAGACCCGGUGGUCUCGUCAUUGAAUUGAGUAGGCCGCCGAAUUUCUUUAUGGACUCGUCUGGGUCGGGUGGUUUCUUUCAAUGUGGUGACUUCACAGAGGACCAACAAGCGUCGCAAAUUAUGACCCAUCACUUGGGUGGACAUCCUAAGGUGCUGAGUGGACAACUCGCCAAAUUGGUCUCUCUGGACUCCUUCCAAAACCGAUUCAGUCCCUUCGAUCUCCAUGCUAUGCCCGCUUCGGCUCCUGUCUCACCGAACAUGGGCAUCGUCCGACCUGCAUCCCAACCAUCGGUUCAAUUUGCACGACCUCAUCCUCCGCAUGUUGGCAUGUUUCAGGAACAGUUCGGUGGUGUCCAACAACAUCUUCACCCUGGCCGUAUGCAUGCUGGACACAAGCGACAAAGAAGUCGAUCAGUACCUAUCGCUAUUGAUUUCUCUAUGCUUCACGGACCCAUGCCCACCUUCCACCUCCAACAGCCAUCGCCACAAAUGGCGCCUGAGAACCACAAUUUGUUCCAACCUAUGCCUCAACACCCUGUUCAAGCCAUUGGAUCCAAUCUUCAGAUUGAUACAUCUGCUGGAUAUGGUCUAGAUUUCCGUCAAAUGCCCAUGUCUGCGACUGCAACUUCACCAUCGGAAUUUGCCAGCCCUGGUUUCUUCCCAGCCAACCCAGCACAUGCACCAAUGCCCGCUUCAGAGUAUGGAACCCCGCAGCAGUUUAACAUGCCAUUCCUUUCACCCUCUCCAAUGCUAGAUCCCAAUAUGGUGCCCACCUCUGUCUCACCUCUUUCGCAUAUGGCACAUCACGAUCCUGUCAUUGCUGAUCAAUCGCCACCUCUGUCGGCUCUGCACAGGAGCGCUUCAGCCGACAUGUUCAAUAUGCACCAUGAUCAUACUGGGAUGAUGGAUGAGACCCUAAUGCUGGGGGAAAUGUACUCGAAACAAAACCUGAACAUGCCUAUGCCUAGCCCCGCAUUUGAUGAGCACAGUCUCAUGAUGAUGAACGACAUGGCAGAAUUUCACACUCCCAGAGAGCAAAUGUCCAUGACGCCGUUUGGAACCAUUGACCCCCAUUCAUUGCAAGCUGGACUACACCAAUCACAUGGCUGA